GCGGGACGUCCGGCUUCUGACGGGGAACGUUCGUGCCGUCAGUAACCAAAGAGAGAAUUAAAUAUGGGUGAUGUUGAGAAAGGCAAGAAGAUUUUUGUUCAGAAGUGUGCCCAGUGCCACACUGUGGAAAAGGGAGGCAAGCACAAGACUGGGCCAAAUCUCCACGGUCUCUUUGGGAGGAAGACAGGUCAGGCUGCUGGAUUCUCUUACACAGACGCGAAUAAGAACAAAGGCAUCACCUGGGGAGAGGAUACACUGAUGGAGUAUUUGGAGAAUCCCAUGAAGUACAUCCCUGGAACAAAAAUGAUCUUUGCUGGCAUUAAGAAGAAGGGAGAAAGGACAGACUUGAUAGCUUAUCUCAAAAAAGCCACUAAUGAGUAAUAGGCCACUGCCUUAUUUAUUACAAACCAGAAAUAUCUCAUAACUUUUUUUAUGUGUACCAUAAUUUAUUGGUCUCAUACACCAGAAUUCAGAUCAUGAAAGAGUGACAGAAUAUUUUUGUUGGACAGUCCUAAUUUAACUAAGACUGGCUUGUGGUUAAUUCGGUUUUUUGAAUUUUGAUAGUAAUUCCAAUACAGUAAACGCUAUCACUGU